CACCUUUUUUCAACUUUUCAAUUUUUUUUUUUUCAAAUUGACAGCCGGAAUCAUUGCCCAAUACCGCCUGUCCUCCUUUUUUUCCCCCCCCCCUUCCCAUUCAGACUCGCCAACAACCUCUUAGUCUCGGAAAAUCACUACACUCCAUCCACCUUCAAUGUCGCUGAGAGCAGCAGGGCCUCCGCCGCCGGUUCCGGCUGGAUCGGCUCGUCCUUCCGCGCAGCUGGCAUACGACGCUCCAAUCGAGCCCGAGACGAUCGAGCCCGAGACGAUCGAGCAAGAGGAGGAAGAAGACGAGUUGCCAGGCCAUCGCUACGCAGUGCGCUCGCCCAGCGGCCCAGCGCCACGGCCGGCCCCCAAGCGAGUCAGUGCUGGGUACAGCGCUGCCAAUACGUACCGACGGCCGCAGCACCUCAUUGACGCCGCGACCAAUCCCGCGAAUGCUGCGGCCGACGCUGAUGCUGCUUCUGCUGCUGCUGCUCCUGGCGUGGUGCUCGAGAAUGGCGUCUUCAAGGGCCUCGAGUCGGACGCGGAGCGGUGGAUGCGCGCCGUUGCCCCAAAGACAUUGUAUCUCAACGCCACUGGCCUGUAUGCGCACAAGGCCGCAUCGCCCGACGAGUUGUCGAUUGUGGCGCACGAGUCCCUGUACUUUUUAGACUCGGCGGUCGUGGUCGCGAGCUCCUCCAGCCGUCAGAGCUGGGUCGCCGACGAGCCUGGCACGAUCGAUCCCAACUGGCGAAAGGUCCGGAACGCCGCUGGUCAGGCCGGAUGGGUGCCGAGCACUCAUGUCAGGCGAGUGGACGGCAACGCGGCUCUCGAAAAGGGCUUGCUCGAAGGCUGCGAGUGUGAAUGGUUUCACGAUCAGCUGUCGUCUGCUGCCACCGCAGUCCAGCCACUGAGAUCGCGAGAAGCCGGGAGCUUUUUCGUGUACCGCUCUCCUCGCGACCACUUUAGUUGCCAUUUGGUACUCGUUGAUUCGUUUGGCUCUAUUCAUGAGCUGGUCAUUGAACGAAACAGCAAUGGGCAGUACUUCUUGCAAGGCCCUAACAUUGCCCUGCCGGUGGCGGAUGCUUCAGAGAACAACGCCGAGCGCUACUACUUUGACUCGGUCAUUGACUUUGUUGCGUAUCACCACGAGCAGCGUGGCGCGCUGGCCGUGCCCUUGAAGCACAUCUACUCAAAGUACGAGAGCAAGCUUUCGCGCUACCACUCGGCAUUUGUCUCCCAGGACUGGGAAGUCCCUUCAUCGACCAUUACAUUUGGCAAAGCGCUCGGAGCUGGACAGUUUGGCGAGGUUUGCCUUGGAACUUUCACCGAUCAGAUUGUUGCAGUCAAAACGCACAAGGGUCACAGCAUGCGCUCCUUGUCCGAGUUCUUUGGCGAAGCGUAUCUCAUGUCCAAGCUGGAGCAUCCUAAUUUGCUCGCACUCAUCGGUGUUUGCACGACAGAAUCGCCGUUUGCCAUCAUUGUCGAGUACAUGCCGAUUGGCAGUGUGCAAGACUAUAUUCGCUCCCGCGGACGAGCUUCCUUGCACCACACUGACCUGUUGAACAUUAGCGUUCAGAUUGCAGAUGGAAUGACUUACCUUUCGAGCAUGGGUGUCGUCCACCGCGAUCUUGCUGCUCGCAACAUUCUGCUCGGUGAGAAGAACAAGGUCAAGAUCAGCGACUUUGGUCUUGCCGUUCAGCUGACAAGUGAAGAGUACGUUGCGCCUGACGGCAGCAAGUUCCCGACCAAGUGGACGGCUCCAGAGGCUCUGGCUUACAACGUCUUUUCCGUCAAGUCUGACGUGUGGUCGUACGGAGUUUGUCUCUGGGAGAUUUACUCGUUUGGCCGCACGCCGUACCACCGCACGCCAAACACCGACCUUUUGCAAGAGCUGCAAUCGGGUCUUCGCCUCGAAACGCCCCCAGAGUGCCCAUCAGAGCUGAAUAUUCUCAUGAAUUCUUGCUGGGACAUUGCACCAAACUAUCGCCCCUCUUUCGACGAGAUUCUUACAGUCCUCCAAGCGUUGAUUGUGGUUUGAAGGCGUUGCGUGAUGGUAGAUGGGUUUGAACUAGCACAUUUGUCUCUUAUUUUCGCAAAUUUCUUUUUUUUUCUCUUUUUUUCUUGCUUUUCGAACAAGUUUCUACACACGACACAACAAGCAAA